AUGAUAUCGCGAAGCCAGUCGAGUUUGGGGUUUAUGGAUGUAGGGCGAGAGGAUUCCGCGCCGGGGGGCUCCCCAUCGCUAAACCAGCAGUCUGCCUCUGGGCCUAUCAACCUCUCGGGGCUGGUGUGUAAUGUGCGACGAACGACUGGAAAAGAGCCACACCCCUUGGUGGGUGCGACGACGACAAUCUUGGGCGAUAAGCUAUACGUAUUUGGAGGCCGGAUCCUCUCACGACGCAGCCCCCAGUUGACGUCCGAUUUAUACGAGUUGGACUUGAUCAGGCGGCAUUGGACGAAAGUUGAGCCGGCUGGUGAUGUUCCUCCACCGCGAUACUUCCACAGUGUGUGCGCUUUGGGCGAUAAUAAAUUGGUCUGCUAUGGAGGAAUGUCGCCGGCGCCGAGUACGCUGAAGGACCCCGAGAACCCUGCCGAGUCCCAGUCACAGUCGGAGGUCGUAGUCAUGUCGGAUAUUCAUAUCUUCGAUGUUCCAUCGCGGGCUUGGACCCGUGUUGCGUCUCACGACUCCCCGCAGGGACGGUAUGCACACUGUGCUACGAUCCUUCCGUCCAGUGCUUGCUUCACGUCUGCUACCGCACCGCUAUCUGCUCUCCAUCACAACCCUGAAUCAUCCACUAAUCAAGGUACACUGGGUGUGGACAUUGAUGGCUUUGGGGGCGCUGAAAUGGUGGUUGUCGGUGGCCAGGACAGCUCCAAUCAUUACAUCGAACAAAUCAGCGUUUUCAAUUUGCGCAGUCUCAAGUGGACUAACACAAGCCCAUUGGGGAGGAGCUGCGGCGCUUACCGCAGUGUCGUGGCUCCUUUAGUGGGAAUGGAUGUGUCCGAAAUCGGAUCUUCUGCUCCGGAUCGUGACGUGCAUGAGCCAAUUCAGGACAGCACUGAAUCCCCAGGUUGCCCUAUGCUGAUAUAUUCUAACUACAACUUCUUGGACGUGAAGCUGGAGCUGCAGGUGCGCCUACCGGACGGGCGCCUUGUUGAGCGGCCGAUGCAGAGCCAAGCCUCUCCUCCUGGGCUGCGUUUCCCGAACGGUGGCAUCAUCAACGGUCACUUCGUUGUUAGUGGUACCUAUCUGACAUCCUCGAAGCAGGAAUAUGCACUUUGGGCUCUCGACCUGAAGACAUUGAUUUGGGGCCGUAUUGAUGCCGGAGGCUCGGUCUUUGGGCAGGGCAGCUGGAAUCGGGGAGUGCUCUGGCCUCGUCGUAAUACGUUCGUAAUUCUUGGACACCGCAAGCGAAGCCUUGUUGAUGAUUACAACCACCGGCGAAUCAAUUUUUCGCACGUCUGCUUGGUUGAACUGGAGGCAUUUGGGCUCUACAACAAUCCCUGUCGCACUGCUCCCACCUCUGGGUAUAAAUCGUACAGCUCAUCUACCGUGCCGGCAUCUCUGCAAAAGAAACUAGUUCAGUUGACAUCAGGUGGCCGUCCAUUGUCCGGCGCAUCAGAUGAACUAGGCAAACUCGCUCAAUCACUGCCAGAGAUGGCCGAUAUGGAGCUUCAAGCCAUGGGAGGCGAGCGCAUCUCUGUCAAUUCUCGCGUGUUGACCCGGCGGUGGGGCCCUUACUUCAUCCAACUUCUUCGUGAGUCGUCAGAAGGGGGCAUCGCAGAUACUGCAAUCCUACGUCCAGCUCAGAUUCAUCCAAGUCGCAAUUCUAGUAUAACUAUCACGCCCUCAGUUGGACAGGGUAGCGUAUACUCGGAUGCAACAACCCUUGUCAAUCAAGGUGUUCCUCCAAAGUCCCUGCUCGAGAACCUGGAAGCCCCUUCAGCCCACUCCCUCGCUCCAACCUCCCGACCUCGUGUGCUGUACCUCCCCCAUACUAUCUUGACCCUCCAAGUCCUUGUCCAAUACCUCUACACGGCAGCUCUCCCAGCUCCAGGUUCAUCUUUGUGCACACCGCAAAUUCUCUGCUCGCUUCUCCAGCUAGCCCGCCCAUAUCAAAUCGACGGGCUACUAGAGGCUACCGUCGAACGCCUCCACCAGGUCCUGGACGGCCGCAAUGCCGCAGCUGUAUUCAACGCAGCCGCAAUGGCAGCCGGCGGCGGUCGUGGCACCGGCUUCACGGGCGGACCAGGCGGCACCCUCGAAGCUCUAAAUGGCGCCUAUACCGGCCGCAACGGCAUAGCCCCCACAAUCAGUGAAAAUGGUACCUCCCAGCAUGACGCCAUGGCUUCAAACUCAUCCGACACCGAGCACGGCAGAACCUCCGCAUCAGCAAACAGCAGCACAGGCGACCUCACCAACUUUGCCCGUGGCCUCCCCUCCCUCCGCAUUGACACGAGCGUCUCACAGCACUCGCGCCAGCGCAACGCCAACCGCGACCGCGAAGAUUCCAUCAGCAAUUCCAGCACAGCCACCUCUGUAUCCAGCGCCAGUUACAGCCAGUCAGACUCAGAGUGGGUUAGUGGUGAUGAAAGCCGCUCCCAUUCGCGCUCUACCCGCCACCGCCGCGGUACAGAUACCGAGCUUCGCCGCCCACAGCGUGAACUCUGGACGGGCGAUCUGAGCAGUGUUAUUGGUCUCCAGAAGCGUGGCCUGCGCGGUCUGAUGGAAGGUCGGCGUAUGCGCGAGCGUAGUACCAAGCCUGCCAGUACUGGUAGUGGCUCGACGUCUAUGCCGUCUGGUGACAUCCCCAUUCAAUUGGUCGCUAGCUGA